AUGGCGACACAAACCAUCACCGAGCUGCAGACGUUCGAGCCCGGCUCAUCCACACCGAUUGCCUUGCCGCGCAAGUCCCACGAGACACCAAUCGCAGGAGACGCGUCAACUGCGAGACAUGCAACACUCGAGGCUGAGACGGCGACGACGGCAACGCCCGUACUUCUCUCAAAGACUCGAUCUGCCAUUGUCAUCGCCCAAGUCUGCGGUCAGUUGUUCUUCAGCAGCUUCUGCAAUGGCAUCAUCGUCGUUGCCUUGCCAGCAAUGCAAUCCACCCUCGGCCUGGAGGAAGGACUCCUCGUCUGGCCCAGCUCCAGCUACUUCCUCACGGCGGGUUCGUGCCUGCUCUUGGCCGGCUCAAUCGCAGACGUCGUCGGCAACAAGAGGGUGAACCUGUUCGGUUCCUUCUUCGCCGCCAUAUUUGCCAUGGCAUGUGGUCUGGCUCGGGACGGAGGACAGAUCAUCGCUUUCAGGGCCCUGCAGGGUGUCACGAAUGCCAUCAUUACUCCCUCGUCCAUUUCUAUCAUCUCGAACAACGUGGAAGAGGGACGGCCGCGGAAUAUGGGGUUCGCGUUCAUGGGUUUCUCUCAACCUCUUGGUUUUGCUUUUGGGUUGGUGUUGGGCGGCGUCUUCACUGACACCGUCGGAUGGCGGCCGGCUUUCUACCUUGCGGCUUCGGCCAGUGGCGCCUUGUUCCUACUGAGCAUUUGGGCCUUGCCGCGUGAUAGCCGGCCAGAGAACGGGACGCCAGUCUGGAAGAGACUGAUGCAGGAGAUAGACUCCGUUGGAGUCUUCCUUGCGAGCACGGGACUGGCCUCUAUCUCGUACGUUUUGGCGUCUUUAUCAUCUGACAUCCACAACAUACGUAAGCCAUCUAGCAUUGCCUUGCUUGUUGUAGCUGGAUGCGCUGUUCCGUCAUUCAUCGGCUGGAUGCACCGCCGAGUCAAGGAGAAGCGUACUGCACUGAUCCCCAACUCGAUCUGGCGCAGCCAUGUCUUCACCAGUUGCUGUGUCAUGGUGAUCCUCACCAAUGCCCUGGCUAACUGCAUGGAGCUUUACAGCAGUCUCUUUUUCCAACAGGUUCAGGGCGCCUCAGCCCUGAAAGCAUCCCUCCAAGUGGUCCCGUCUCUCAUCGCCGGUGCGCUCACGAGCAUCGCAACCGGCGUCUUCGUGCACCGGAUGCCGGUCAUGUGGAUGCUCCUGAUCUCCUCUACUAUGAGCACCGUCGCGCCUCUUCUGAUGGCUCUCAUCCGGACGGACCAGCUGUACUGGGAGAACGCCUUCUUUGCGCAGAUUCUCACCCCCAUCAGCUGCGACAUCCUCUUCACCGUCGGUCUGCUCAUCAUCUCGGAUGUGUUCCCCAGGCACAUGCAGGCCUUGGGCGGUGCCGUGUUCAACACUUGCGCUCAGCUCGGCGCCGCCAUCGGCAUGAGCGUCACGCAGGUCAUCGCCUCGUCCGUGACCAGCAAGUCUUCCGACGCGAACAAGUCCUCCCCGGGGGCUCUCAUGGAGGGGUACAGGGUCUCGUUCUGGACCAUGUUCGGCUGGAUGAUGGUGGUUUGUCUCGUUUGUGUAGUGGGGAUGCGCCGCGUGGGAGUUUUGGGUGUAAAGCGAGAUUAA